AUAAUUGUGAUGAUGCAUUGGUAUCUCCCUUACCUUCAACAGCCCUUACCAGUUCCUCUGAGCUCUUCAGUCCCAGCUUUGCAAAGCUCAACAGGCGAGAUGGAGCUGGUGGCUGGUCCCCGCUGGACUCAAAUGAGCAGCAAUGGCUCCAGGUUGAUCUGGGAGACAGAGUGGAGAUCGUUGCAGUCGCUACCCAGGGCAGGUACGGGAGCUCAGACUGGGUAACCAGCUAUACGCUGAUGUUCAGCGACACCGGCCGCAACUGGAAACAGUACAGACAAGACGACACCAUCUGGGUUUUCACAGGGAACAGCAAUGCUGAUAGUGUGGUUCACCACAAAUUUCUGCACUCCGUGAAAGCCCGAUUCUUGCGCUUCGUCCCUCUGAAGUGGAAUGUCGGUGGGCGGAUAGGACUGAGAGUUGAGGUCUUCGGCUGCUCCUAUAAGUCGGAUAUCGCAGACUUUGAUGGCAGAAGUUCACUCCUCUACAGGUUCAACCAGAAGCUUAUGAGCACGUUCAAAGACGUGGUUUCCUUGAAGUUCAAGAGCAUGCAGGGGGAUGGAGUCUUAUUUCAUGGAGAAGGACAGCGUGGAGACUACAUUACGUUGGAACUGCAGAAAGGGAAGCUCUCCUUGCAUAUCAACCUGGGGGACUCCAACCUGCACUUCAGUAACAGCCACACAUCCGUCACCCUGGGCAGCCUCCUGGAUGACCAGCACUGGCACUCGGUUCUCAUAGAGCGAUUCAACAAGCAAGUGAACUUCACGGUGGACAAGCAUACCCAGCACUUCCGAACGAAGGGGGAUUCAGAUCAUCUGGAUAUUGAUUAUGAGCUCAGUUUCGGAGGGAUUCCUGUCCCAGGGAAACCAGGAACCUUUCAGAGGAAAAAUUUCCAUGGGUGCAUUGAGAACCUUUAUUACAACGGAGUCAAUAUAAUUGACCUGGCAAAAAGGCGCAAACCUCAGAUCUAUACUGUGGGGAACGUGACCUUUUCCUGCUCAGAACCACAAAUUGUUCCUAUCACCUUUCUCAGCACCAGUCGAAGCUACUUGCUGCUACCUGGCACUCCUCAAAUUGAUGGUUUGUCAGUCAGCUUCCAGUUUCGAACAUGGAAUAAAGAUGGCUUACUUCUGUUCACCGAAUUAUCUGAAAAUUCAGGACCUCUCUUGGUUUACCUUUAUAGUGGGAGAUUGACGCUACUUAUUCAGAAAGAGACAGAGAACCCAGUGGAAAUCAGUGAAGGCAUCAAUCUCCACGAUGGGCUUUGGCAUUCUGUUAACAUCAAUGCCAGAAGACAUCGCAUUACCCUGACACUGGAUAACAACGCUGCUACUGCUAGCCAUGCAACCACAGUCUCAAGGAUCUACUCUGGGAACAGCUACUAUUUUGGAGGGUGUCCUGACAAUUUCACCGAUUCCCAAUGUUUAAAUCCCAUUACUGCUUUUCAAGGCUGUAUGAGGCUCAUCUUUAUUGAUAACCAGCCCAAGGACCUCAUUUUAGUUCAGCAAGGCUCCCUGGGGAAUUUUAGUGAUUUACACAUUGAUCUGUGUGGCAUCAAAGACAGAUGUUUACCCAACUACUGUGAACACGGAGGAAAAUGCUCACAGUCCUGGACCACCUUUUACUGUGAUUGUAAUGAUACAGGAUACAUAGGAGCUACCUGUCACAACUCUAUCUAUGAACAAUCUUGCGAGGCUUACCGACACCAAGGGAAGACGUCAGGUUUCUUCUACAUCGAUUCUGAUGGAAGUGGACCACUUGGACCACUCCGUGUUUUUUGCAAUAUAACAGAAGAUAAGAUCUGGACCGAAGUUCAGCACAACACCACAGGGCUAACCAGAGUCCGAGGAGCUGAUCCGGAGAAGCCAUACACCAUGUCCUUUAACUACAACAGCAGCACGGAGCAGCUUGAAGCCGUGAUAAACAGUGCAGAGUACUGCGAACAGGAGGCAGCCUACCAUUGCAAAAAGUCACGUCUCCUGAACACCCCGAAUGGAAUGCCAUUUGCUUGGUGGGUUGGCCGUGCCAAUGAAAAGCAUCUUUACUGGGGAGGAUCUCUUCCAGGCAUUCAACAGUGUGCAUGUGGACUGGAAGAAAGUUGUCUGGAUAUGAGAUAUUUUUGCAACUGUGACGCAGAUAGAGAAGAAUGGACAAACGACACCGGCCUCCUUGCUUUUAAAAACCAUCUGCCUGUAACUCAGAUAGUGAUCACUGACACAAACAGAUCAAAUUCGGAGGCUGCUUGGAAAAUCGGCCCUUUGCGUUGCUAUGGAGACAGGCAGUUCUGGAACGCCGCUUCCUUCAACACGGAGGCCUCUUACCUGCACUUCCCCACCUUCCACGCCGAGGUCAGUGCAGACAUCUCCUUCUUCUUCAAAACUACUGCUGUCUCUGGGGUGUUCUUGGAAAACCUUGGGAUUAAAGACUUCAUACGAGUUGAAAUAAGCUCCCCCAAAGAGAUCACCUUCUCCAUAGAUGUCGGGAAUGGCCCCACAGAAGCCACUGUGCAGUCUCCCACACCGCUGAAUGACAACCAGUGGCACUACGUCCAAGCAGAGAGGAACCUGAAGCAAACCUCUCUCCAGGUGGACAGCCUCCCCAAGAAGGUCCUGGAGGCCCCUGCUGAGGGGCACUUCCGCUUGCAGCUCAACAGUCAAUUAUUUGUAG